AUGUCCGCCUCAAUAGCUUGUAAGCCUCAACAAGCCGGCUUCUUCAGCCGGUUCCGUCGCACCGACUCCGUCAUGGGCUCACCGACAGGCUCUGCUACGCCUUCCCUAGCGCCCUCUCUCGCAUCCUUGAGUCAGGACAACGACAACCUGGCUGCGACCAACACUCGCCUACAAAACCGCAACCAAGAGUUGACGCAGCAGUCUGAACUCAAUCAAUUGCUCUUCCAUCAAACCUCCGAAGCGCUCAUAGAGAAAGAGAGCGAACUUGUGGAGCUGAAAGAGAAGUUUCGCGACAAUGCUGAAGCUACGAAUGAGACUAUUCAGGCUCUUGGAGAGCAGCUCCAGACUCUAACCGAGCAGUUGGAGGAAUCGCAGGACAAGGCUACUGCGCGUGAAGUCCAGCUAGUCGAGCAAAUAGACAGAGCACAAGACACCGCUACCGAUCGUGAUGCUCAACUAGCUGAUUCUGAAGAGCAGCAACACCAACUCUCCUUGGAAGCUGCCCAUGUGCAGUCCCCGACCCAAGAAGACGUCGACGACUUGAUCUGGGCCAAGCUCCAGGACAGGAAUAAGACCAUCCACUUCCUGCGUUGUCGCCAGGCCAAGUCUGACAAACGCAUCCAGAAGCUGCAGGAGCGUCUAGAGGUUGAGCAGAGUGUGGGGAGGGAUUGGGUUGAGACUAUCAUGAUGGUUAAUAUGAAGGUUAGGGCGAGGGCGAGGGAGGGGAAUGAUGCUGAUGCUGGGGUGUAG